CUUCCUGGUAGCAGACAGCCCGUGAUGCUCUGCUUGGGAAUUAAGUCAGCCUUCAUCAACGGAAUAGUUUAUGCAUGAAUCGAAACUUCAGACCUGGCUGAGUGGGGGAAGAAGCAGGAUCUUAGCUCUUUAAAAUGCUGUAGCCAAGGAAGGAGGAGGGGAUAGAGGAAAUAGCAGCAAAAUAAGACUGAGGAAGCAGGGAGAGAUUUGAGAAGCUGCGCGAGUUGUUCACUCGGGUUUUCCAAGGAACCAAGUUCUCUAAAGCAUCUUCUGGUGGAUAUUAAGAGACAGCUGCGGAGACAGGCAUGUUCUCCUGAAGAUUUUCAUGCUGUACCUUUAAGACUGUCUGACAGAGAACUUGGGCUUUGCGGUCAUCUGCGCGUGACGGAAUAUUUUGGGGAGUUGUUGAAUUUUCGGGUCAUGCACCCCUUGUUUCUUCUUUUCUCUUUCUCUCUCUCUUGCCCUUUCUUUUCAUUUCAAAGAGACAAAGCGACUUCAGUUUGGAGCACAAACAUAUGAUCCGCACAUGGAAAUGUGGUAAUUUGGAUGCAUUCAUGAUUGCAACAGAUUGAAGAAAUUAGACGAGACAAAGAGCUUUUUUUGGAAGAGGAGGAGGAGGCAAGGAAAGGAGGGAGGGAGAGUGGGUGAAAGAAGGGGACACCACCGAAAAAAGGGACGGCCGUGACACGCGGAUGCUAAAUAUAUCCUGUAGUAAUGGAGAGGGACCGGAUUUCAGCUCUGAAGAGAUCUUUUGAGGUUGAGGAGGUCGACCAGUCUUCAAAUUCCUCCACUCCACAAAGACGAACCCCAAACCCCCUCCUCAGGUCUGCUGUAUCCAGCUCCACGCAGAAAUUCCAGGAUCUUGGUGCCAGAAAUUCAGAACCAGCUGCCAGACAUGGAGAGUCGCCAGGUCAGAGGUCGCCCAAGUCCUCCCUGAGGAGAGUGGAGCUCUCUGGACCCAAACUCCCUGAGCCGGUGUCCAGAAGAACAGAAAUCUCCAUCGAUAUCUCAUCCAAGCAAGUGGAGAAUUCCACUUCGGGGCUCUCAAGGUUUGGCCUCAAGCGAGCAGAGGUGCUGGGGCACAAACCUCCUGAGCCCACGCCAAGAAGGACUGAAAUCACUCUAGGCAAGUCCCAGGAGCCAUCUCUCCGGAGGAUGGAAGCCCCCACCUCAAAGAUCCCAGAGAUGCCUCAGCGGAGAGCUGACACCACCCCCGCGCCCGAUGUCACCACCAAGCGAGUAGAAAUCCAGGUAGCGAAGGCUGCAGAGGUCCCAACCCCACCAGUCCGGCAGAUGGAGAAUUUGGAGCCUUCCUUGACCAGUCAGCCUCUCCAACCAGAAUCAAAGCCACAACCAGUAAUGGCUGAGCAUCCGCCAAAGAGCGAAGAAGGCACUGAGGUGGUUCCUAGUUACACACCCAGCAUGACGGAUGCCCCCAGAGACUCCGGGCUCAAACAGGCCGCGCCAACGCGGACAGAGAAGCCUGCCGUGGACUUUGGCUAUGUCGGCAUCGAUGCCAUCCUUGAACAGAUGAGGAGGAAAGCAAUGAAGCAGGGAUUUGAGUUCAACAUCAUGGUGGUCGGUCAGAGCGGCUUGGGGAAAUCCACGUUAAUCAACACUCUCUUCAAAUCCAAAAUUAGCCGGAAAUCUGUGCAGCCAACUCCAGAAGAGCGGAUCCCCAAAACCAUUGAAAUAAAGUCCGUUACUCAUGAAAUUGAGGAGAAAGGCGUCCGGAUGAAGCUGACUGUGAUCGACACCCCAGGAUUUGGAGACCACAUCAACAAUGAGAACUGCUGGCAGCCCAUCAUGAAGUUCAUCAAUGACCAGUAUGAGAAAUACCUGCAGGAGGAAAUCAACAUUAACCGGAAGAAGCGGAUCCCAGACACCCGAGUGCAUUGCUGUAUAUACUUCAUUCCAGCCACCGGUCACUCACUCCGACCACUAGACAUUGAAUUCAUGAAACGCCUGAGCAAAGUGGUCAACAUUGUCCCAGUCAUCGCCAAGGCCGACACGUUAACGCUGGAGGAGAGAGAGUACUUCAAGCAAAGGAUCACAGCCGACCUUCUUGCCAAUGGCAUCGACGUGUAUCCUCAGAAGGAGUUUGAUGAAGACCCUGAGGACCGGCUAGUGAAUGAGAAGUUCAGAGAAAUGAUUCCAUUUGCGGUGGUGGGCAGUGACCAGGAAUACCAGGUUAAUGGAAGAAGAAUCCUGGGAAGAAAAACGAAGUGGGGCACCAUUGAAGUGGAGAAUACGACACACUGUGAGUUUGCUUACCUGCGGGAUCUCCUGAUCAGGACACACAUGCAGAACAUCAAGGACAUUACCAGCAACAUCCACUUCGAGGCCUACAGAGUCAAGAGGCUGAAUGAGGGCCAGAGCGUGCUCUCCAACGGCAUGACCGACAAGGAGCUGGUGGCUAAUGAGAUGUAACCAUCCCACCCUGUAGCCAGGACCUAGCCUGCUCACGCGCGCUCUUUUUUUUUUUUAACCCCUCCCCCUCUUUAUUUUAUAUAAUUCUUAUGCCAUCACCACCGUCCCCCCUCCCCAGCACUGCCAGUGUUAAUUGACCAAAUAACCAGAUGCCCUAUCUGUCGUGAAGAGGGUGGUGACUGCCAGUCCCCUGGCACUGCCCCUCUUGCAGUGCAGGGGUUCCGUUCUCAGCCCCCGUUGGGCAUUGUGAUGGGCUGCAGGGGGUGAAGGUGGUGUUAGGGGAGUGGAGGGAGAGUUGUCUCGAGGUGAAGUUGGCCUCCGUUUUCUGAUGCUAGCCCAAUGCCUUGGCAUGAGUGGAAGAGCCUCAUCCUUGCUAUUGGCUUGCUCCAGCUUUCAGUGUGGAAAGAUGUCUCUGGGUUUCAGCAGGAGGUAGAUUAAGCCAGAAAGGUUGUUUGUAAUGAACUCUCUAAUGUGAAAGGGCUCUUCUCCCCACUCUCGCUUAUAGGAAGUCAGUAGUGAAAAUCCAGUUCUCUCCCUUCUGUGGAGUGAAACGGCACCAUGGGAUAGGAAUGCCUGAGAUGUCCUCCUCGCUGCCACACUUCCUGUUGGUACAGGCUGUUGCAACUCAGUGACUACCAGGGGCCAAGUACCUCUUCAUCUCGUGACUUUGCUGUUCAUUUCUCCGUCCAUUGAAGGCCAGGGUUUCUCCUAGUGAAUGUAGCCUCCUUAAGGGAGGCACAGUGACAUGGAGAGUUUGGGAAGGUGAUUGCCUUCUGCCUCCCUUCCUCCUCCAGCUCUCAGGGCUUAGCCAGCCCCCUCACCCCAAACCCUGUCACUUGCCUCCAUGCAAUAAGCUGAGAACAUUAUGGUCUGGACUCACCUAUCACUAAAUCAUGGCCAGGCAAAACUGCCUGCUUGGGGAAGAAGUGCCUUUUUCAGUCAGUUAUCAUGCAAUAGCUCAGGGGAAAGGAGAGCUUGUGUUGCCUGGCUGUGCAGCCUGGCACAUGCCAGUACAGAUUGAUUUUUUUUUUUUAGGGAUUCCAGCUUUUCCCUGUCACUCCAUGCCUGGGCACUGUGCCUGGCUGGUCUCCUGGGAAAAGACAUGUAUUUAUUUUUAGUUCCAUGGGACAUUUGUGUGUUGAAGGCUCAGAGUAUGUUUGUCUGUGAAAGGGGCUGAGAAUGGAACCAUCUCUGCAAAGCAAGGGCAGGGGCUGGAAUUCUUGUACUGUGUGACCUGGGUGAUGUAUUGGGUUUUCAAUGAGCCAGAGAAGGCUGUUUGGGGGUAUUUUGUUUUUUCUUUUCUUCUUUACCUGUGCAACUUGUAUGUAUAUAACCAGUUCCUUAAUUUGGCUAAUGCUUCCUCUAGAGGACCAUGUGCACAUACAGACUGAGCACUGCAUGUCACCACGCAUGUUAGAAGCCUUCAGCUGUAGGAAAGGCUGGGCUGGUGUCUCACACAUUCUCCUUGUAGUGUAGGGUCCUUGAUCUCUAAUAUGCUCCAGUUGACUGGAUCGCCUCCUGUAAAUGCCUCAUGCUUACAUCAGGCUCCAGGACAGACAGUGCAAGAGGCCAAGCCAAUAGUAGCUGCACAGCACACGUGCACAGUGAUCCUGGAGCCGACAUCUGUAGCACUGCCUGCCUCCCUCACCCCCUCUUAGAUUUCUGUUCUAAAAAUCCACUGUCAAAAGCAAUUCCGCUGCCUGCCUUCCAUAAGCCUUCUGACCCCUCUCAGCAGGGUAAGACUGCCUACAUUACUCCCUUUUUACUGCUCCCCCAGCAUGGCUGGGGGUGCAACUUGUAGCCUGAUGGAGACAUCUGCAGAACACACACAGAGCGUCGCCUUAGGGAGUGACUGGGUUGCAUGUUUACAGACUGUUGAGAAGGUUUGGAAAGAUGCAGAUCUCACCUCAGCUGGGAGGCCCACAUGCCCUUCUGCAUCAGCAGAGUGUUUGCAGCUUCCUUUUCCAACCUAUCUCUUCACAGGCACAGCCAGGUGGGCUGCUCAGGGCUGCCUCCCUCCACUGGUGAUGGCCCACGCCUGGUUGGUAACAGGAAGCUAUAGCAACUAUAUCACCUUCGGCCCAGUCCUGCACAAUGGUAGCAGAGGGAGGUGUGGCAUCUAGCAAGAUCACUUCCUUCAUGCUCUGUGCCGACGGGCUCUGGGACAGGUCUUGAAUGUGUGUGUGUGCAGGUGUGCCUGCAUUGCAAGUGAAAUCUGUAUUUCCCCUUUCACUAUGGUGUCCUUUCCCCUCACUCUUCAACAAAAUGUAGGAAUUCUUACUGAGCUGUUAAGUUGAGGAAAAAUAAUUAUUUACUUGCUGACUUGCUAUAUUUUAGCAAAACCAGAAAAUGUUGUGUAUUAAGUGAAAAAAUAUAUAUUUCAAGUGCUUAAAAGAUUAUUAGGGGGAGAGAGCCUUUUGUGUGAUGCACUUCAGCAAAUGUCACCAUCUUCACCUUCUCCUAGUCAGUAUCUCAAGCUGGGCCAAGCAAGACAUGCCGCUUUCUCCUUUGUAAUCUAAUUUUUGGAAAAAAAUAAAUAAAAAAAAUAAUAAAAUAAAAAAAUUCAUCCAGAUCUAUUAAAAUGGCCUUUUUGGGGUUAUAUGCAUUAUGACAAAUUUAGUCCAUUUUGUAUAAAUAAUAGUGUUUAAUAUGUAUUUCCCAAAAUAAAUGUUUCAAAUGCCAAGA